AUGAGAGGCGUUCUAUUAUCAGCCCUUUCCGUGCCGGCCAUCGUCUCAGCCCAAAGCCAUUGCAUAUCUUUGGAAGGAUCAACAGCUUGCCCUGCCUUUCAAUCAGCAGCCAUCUCCACUGGCGAUUUUUUGCCUGACUUGUUUCCUUUUCUACGCUUUGUCUCAAAUCGAGAGUCGUUCGACCGAGAACUACUGUCGUAUAUCCAGACAACUUAUGUACGCAACAAAUUCGAGCUUUCAUUCGGCUGUGGUCGUAUUGAUCUCAGAAGCACUGAUGAGUAUUACGCGCGUUUCGCGACUACCGUUCUCUGCAAUGCCAUCAUCCAAAAUUCAAUAGACGCCUGUAAUCUUUCAGAAGAGGCGUCGCGAGCUGUCUGUGCCGAUACAUGCGCUUAUUUUGCGCAGAGUGAAGCGCUUGUUACUGCUGAUGAUGAGCUUUGCGACACUCCUGGCGAUGACUUGGUGGACCUGAUCCGAGCCGACUUCACUAACUGCGCCCUUCCUGCGGGGUCACUAACGUCUGACCGCUGCAUACAAGGCAUCGCCAACGAGCCAGAGAAUUGCGGCUACGGCAACAGCACGUUAGGCCUAUGUUCUUACUGUGGAUCGGGCGGUAUCAACUCCACGGACACGUGCUGCUACAAUUCGGACGCCGAGAACAGGUGCGCCGACGUGACGCUUCCAGCCAUCAUACCUUCGAUGACAUUCGAACCACCGACUCCAAGGCCUACGGCGACUGACGGCGAUGACGACGAUGACGACGGCGGCGUUUCUGGGCUUUCUGGCGGUCAGAUUGCCGGCAUCGUGAUUGGCUCGAUUGCCGGAGCCGCGAUCCUCGCGGCGGCGGUUUUCCUGUGUUUUCUGUGCUGGCGGCGGAGGAAGAACGAGGGCAGCCAGAGUGGCAGCGUCUUUAAUCAACCGGCUCCUGCUCGACAGCCGGCCGCAAUGGAACAAACCAGCCGAUCGUCUGCCCCUCAGAAUUUCGAGGUGGUCCCUGGUGGCCGCGUUGCGCGCAUGUCGGCCUUGGAAGGCAGUUCGGAACCCCCUUCACGCCAUAACACUGGACUGGCUGCUGGUAUUGGUGCUACCGCCGGGUACAUGACUGGACGGAGGCAGGGAGAGUCCCACUCGUCGUCGGACUUUGGAAGUAGCCCCGAUUCGGGAAGCAGGACUGGUGUUGGCGUUUUGCGGCCGCCGCCCAAUAACAUUCGAAAGAGACAUGGGUCUCUUUCGAGCGGCUCGGUUUUGGCUGGCGAAGAUCCCCAGUCCCCGACCAGCGCCGGCGGCAUGUCGUCUCCGCAAGGCAUGGCCAGCCAGCAGUCAGAACAACUUCCCUUCUUCAGGGACUACUACUCAUCAGACGACAUCCAUCCUGGAGAUAGAGUUUCCGUCCUCUGGGCUUACCAACCGCGAGCGCCUGAUGAGUUUGCCCUUGAGCGCGGGGAUAUGCUCAAAAUAGUCGGCAUAUGGGAUGAUGGCUGGGCGACAGGUGUUAUGUUGGACGAGCGGGCCGACGAAUGGGAUGUCAGGCGACAAGCGCAACGCGACAGCGGAGUCUCCAACGCUUCGGGCAGACGCGACACGUCGCCUCCGAUCAGCGGUGAGAUCAAGGCAUUCCCCUUGGUCUGUAUAUGCCGACCAGAGCAUUGGCGCAAGACCAUUGAGGGCGAUGGCUCGACCGAGAACGGGUCCAACAUCCAACCCGGCCCCUGA